UCGGCCGCUGGUCGGAACCCGCAGAGCAGAGUCGGGAAGUGACUGCCGAAACUGCUCACCCGCUGCCCGCCAGCCUGUUGGCUUCUGCUCCGGCCCGGCUGCCGGCUGUGGGUUCCAGGAUGAGCGUCCCCGAUUACAUGCAGUGCGCCCAGGACCAUCAGACCCUCCUCGUUGUGGUCCAGCCGGUCGGGAUUGUCUCUGAAGAAAACUUCUUCCGGAUCUACAAGAGGAUCUCUUCUGUGAACCAGACCAGCGUGCGGGACUCACAGCGAGUACUCUACAUCCGCUACCGGCACCACUACCCGCCCGACAACAAUGAGUGGGGUGACUUCCAGACGCACCGCAAGGUCGUGGGCCUCAUCACCAUCACUGACUGCACCUCCGCCAAGGACUGGCCGCAGACCUUCGAGAAGUUCCAUGUGCAGAAGGAGAUCUACAGCUCCACCCUGUACGACUCCCGGCUCUUCGUCUUCGGGCUGCAGGGGGAGCUGACGGAGCAGCCGCGCACCGAUGUGGCCUUCUACCCCAACUACGAUGACUGCGAGACUGUUGAGAAGCGCAUCGAGGACUUCAUCGAAUCACUCUUCAUUGUGCUUGAAUCCAAGCGUCUGGAUAGAGCCACAGACAAGUCUGGGGACAAGAUCCCCCUCCUCUGUGUCCCAUUUGAGAAGAAGGACUUUGUGGGAUUGGACACAGAUAGUAGACAUUACAAGAAGCGAUGCCAAGGCCGCAUGCGCAAGCAUGUGGGGGACUUGUGCCUCCAGGCCGGGAUGCUGCAGGACUCGCUGGUGCACUAUCACAUGUCGGUGGAGCUUCUCCGCUCCGUCAAUGACUUCCUGUGGCUCGGAGCUGCCCUGGAAGGCCUCUGCUCCGCCUCUGUCAUCUCUCACUACCCCGGUGGUGGGACUGGGGCGAAGACAGCGGGGCGAAGGCUGCCCGGGAGCUCACUUCCUGCUGAGGUAGCCAACAGACACCGGCCAGGGGCACAAGAAGUUCUCAUUGACCCAGGUGCCCUCACCACCAACGGCAUAAAUCCCGAUACCAGUGCUGAGAUUGGACGGGCCAAGAACUGUCUCAGCCCUGAAGAUAUAAUUGACAAAUACAAAGAGGCCAUUUCCUAUUACAGCAAGUAUAAGAACGCUGGCGUAAUUGAGUUAGAAGCUUGUGUCAAAGCGGUACGUGUCCUGGCAAUUCAGAAGCGGAGCAUGGAAGCAUCGGAAUUCCUUCAGAACGCAGUAUACAUUAACCUCCGACAGUUGUCCGAGGAGGAGAAGAUCCAGCGGUACAGCAUCCUCUCGGAGCUCUACGAACUCAUUGGCUUUCACCGCAAGUCGGCCUUCUUCAAACGUGUGGCCGCCAUGCAGUGCGUGGUUCCCAGCAUCGCCGAGCCGGGCUGGAGGGCCUGCUACAAGCUCCUCCUGGAGACACUGCCCGGCUACUGCCUGUCGCUGGACCCCAAAGACUUCAACAAAGGCACGCACAGAGGCUGGGCCGCUGUGCAGAUGCGGCUGCUGCACGAGCUCGUCUACGCUUCCAGGAGAAUGGGGAACCCGGCCCUGUCUGUCAGGCACCUGUCCUUCCUCUUGCAGACCAUGCUGGACUUCCUGUCUGAUCAGGAGAAGAAAGAUGUGACUCAAAGCCUGGAGAACUAUACGUCCAAGUGUCCCGGGACCAUGGACCCCAUCACGCUUCCAGAUGGCCUUACGCUGCCCCCCGUCCCCUUCACCAAGCUGCCCAUUGUCAGGCACGUGAAACUCUUGAACCUUCCUGCCAGCCUCCGGCCACAGAAAAUGAAAAGCUUGCUGGGCCAGAAUGUGUCAACCAAGAGCCCCUUCAUCUACUCACCGAUCAUCCCACACAACCGGGGAGAGGAAAGGAACAAGAAAAUAGGUUUCCAGUGGGUUCAGGGCGACGUCUGUGAAGUCCAGCUGAUGGUGUCCAACCCCAUGCCAUUUGAGCUCCGUGUCGAAAACAUGGGGCUCCUCACCAGCGGAGUGGAGUUCGAGUCUCUUCCUGCAGCGCUUUCCCUCCCAGCCGAGUCUGGCCGUUACCCAGUGACGCUUGUUGGGGUCCCGCAGACCACAGGGACAAUCACCAUCCAUGGGUACCACACCACGGUCUUCGGUGUCUUCAGUGACUGUCUGCUGGAAAGCCUCCCGGGCGUGAAGACCAGCGGCUCCACAGUCGAAGUCGUUCCUGCCCUGCCCAGACUGCAGAUCAGCACGUCUCUACCCAGAUCUGCACGGUCGUUGCAGCCGUCCUGUGACGACGAUGUGGCCACGAAUGUGUCGGUUCAGCUCUACAAUGGAGAGAGGUGGCAGCUUAUCGUCAAGUUGGAAAAUAUCGGGAAGGAGCCUUUGGAGAAACUGGAGGUCACCUCAAAAAUUCUCACCACCAAAGAAAAAUUAUAUGGUGACUUCUUGAGCUGGAGGAUGGAAGACACCCUGGCCCAGUUUCCUCUACAGCCUGGGAAGACCGCCACCUUCACCGUCAACAUCAAAGUGAAGCUGGAUUUCUCCUGCCAGGACAACCUCAUGCAGGAGCUCAGCGAUGAUGGAAUCAGCGUCAGUGGUUUUCCGCUGUCCAGUCCCUUCCGGCAGGUCGUUAGGCCCCGAGCAGACAGCAAGCCUGCCAACCCACCUGAGGGCAGCAAACCCGGCGAUUUCAGCCACAUGAAGACUCUGGAAGCAGUCCUAAAUUUCAAAUACUCCGGAGGCCCAGGCCACGUGGAAGGCUAUUACCGGACCCUCUCCCUGGGCCUGCAUGUAGAAGUUGAGCCGUCUGUGUUUUUCACACGCGUCAGCGCUCUCCCGGCAAGCAGCACCCGGCAGUGCCACCUGCUCCUGGAUGUCUUCAACUCGACAGAGCACGAGCUGACCAUCAGCGCCAGGAGCAACGAGGAGCUCAUCCUGCAUGCGGGCGAGUGCCAGCGGAUGGCCAUCCAAGUGGACAAAUUCAACUUCGAGAGUCUCCCAGAAUCCCCUGGGGAGAAGGGCCAAUUUGCAAACCCCAGACAGCUGGAGGAAGAGAGGCAGGAAGCCCGCGGCCUGGAGAUCAGCAGCAAGCUGGACAUCCGAUGGACGAUCCCGUCCCUGAAGCGCCGAGGAGAGGCCAGCGUGGAAGGCCUGCUGAACCAGCUUGUCCUGGAGCACCUGCAGCUGGCCCCCCUGCAGUGGGAUGUGCUGGUGGACGGACAGCCGUGUGACCGUGAAGCAGCCACGGCCUGCAGUGUGGGCGACCCCGUGCGCCUGGAGGUGCGACUGACCAACCGGAGCCCGCGCAGCGUGGGGCCCUUCGCCCUCACCGUGGUCCCGUAUCAGGACCACCAGAAUGGCGUACACAAUUACGACCUGCGCGACGCAGUCUCCUUCGUGGGCUCCAGCACCUUCCACCUGGAGGCGGUGCAGCCAUCGGGCCAGUCGGCCUGCCUCGGGGCCCUGCUGUUCCUACACACAGGCGACUUCUUCCUGCACAUCCGCUUCCACGAGGACGGCACCAGCAAGGAGCUGCCGCCAUCUUGGUUCUGCCUGCCCAGCGUGCACCUAAGCGCCCUGGAGGCGCGAGCCUGAGCCACCCCACCCGCC